CCCAGCCAGGGCCUCAGCGGGCGAAGGGGAGUCUGGCUCCCUGCCUGUGUGGGGCAGUGAGUUCUCUCCCAGCCCCUUGUAGAGCCCCCUUCACUGAAGAGUUUCAAAGAGAUACUCGGGGAUAAAUAUUUCCCCGAUUUAGGCUUUAUUAAAAUCAGCACAGACACAGUCUGACCCAAAACAUCCCGGUCACCCUCUUUUCUUAAUCCAGAGGAAACAUCCUUUUGUCCCGUGUCUGCAAUUCCAACAUCCAGCACUGAGUUGGUGCAUGAGAGUGAAAAUGAGUUUGGAGCCUGGCUGUAGGCCACAGGGAAACUAUGCUGGUUUUACUGUCCAAACUGAGGGAGAUGCAGAAAAAGAAACAAGCAGCUAAUCGUAUUUGGAACAUUUUUCAUGGUUUUCGGAAUUAUUUGUGAAGUUGAGCCCUGGCUUUGUAAAGGCACUGUGACUGAUGAGAAUUAAAGACCAUGGAUGAAGAUGGACUUGAACUGCAGCCACAUGAGCCAAAUGCGUUUUUUGACCCAACAGGAUCUGAUGCAGCACAUAUGGAUGGAGAUCAGAUUGUUGUGGAAGUGCAAGAAACAGUAUUUGUUUCAGAUGUGGUGGACUCAGACAUAACUGUGCAUAACUUUGUUCCUGAUGAUCCAGAUUCUGUAGUCAUCCAAGAUGUCAUUGAGGAUGUUGUUAUUGAAGAUGUUCAAUGCUCAGAUAUCAUGGAAGAGGCAGAUGUGUCUGAAACUGUCAUUAUUCCUGAACAAGUGCUGGGCACAGAGGUAGCUGAUGAGGUUUCUUUAGCACACUGCACUGUUCCAGAUGACGUUUUAGCUUCUGACAUAACAGCAGCAGCAUUGUCUAUACCAGAACAUGUACUGGCAAGUGAAUCAAUGCAUGUACCUGAAGUUGGGCACGUGGAACAUGUGGUUCAUGAUAAUGUUGUAGAAGCAGAAAUUGUCACCGAUAGUCUGGGAGAAGAUGUAGUUUCUGAAGAAGUGUUGGUAGCAGACUGUGCCUCGGAAGCAGUGAUUGAUGCCAAUGGAAUCCCUGUGCAGCACCAAGAUGAUAAGGGCAACUGUGAAGAUUACCUUAUGAUUUCCUUGGAUGAUACUGGGAAGAUAGAACAUGAAGGUUCUGCUGAAAUUACCAUGGAAGCAGAUUCAGAAAGUGAUCUGUGUAAAGUGGACAGCAUUUGUCCAGAAGUCAUCAAAGUAUAUAUCUUCAAAGCUGAUCCUGGAGAAGAUGAUUUAGGAGGCACAGUAGACAUUGUGGAGAGUGAAUCUGAGAAUGAUCAUGGAGUGGGACUACUGGAUCAAAACAGCAGUGUUCGUAUUCCAAGGGAAAAAAUGGUUUACAUGACUGUAAAUGAGUCUCAGCAUGAAGAUGAAGAUUUAAACGUUGCAGAAAUUGCUGAUGAGGUUUAUAUGGAAGUGAUUGUAGGUGAAGAAGAUGCAGCAGUGGCCCAUGAACAGCAAAUUGAUGACACUGAAAUUAAAACUUUUAUGCCCAUAGCUUGGGCAGCAGCUUACGGUAAUAAUACUGAUGGGAUUGAAAGUCGGAAUGGCACUGCAAGUGCUCUCUUGCACAUAGAUGAGUCUACUGGACUUGGGAGACUAGCUAAACAAAAACCAAAGAAAAGGAGGAGACCUGAAUCCAGGCAGUACCAAACAGCAAUAAUCAUUGGCCCUGAUGGCCAUCCUUUGACUGUCUACCCUUGCAUGAUUUGCGGAAAGAAGUUUAAAUCCAGAGGUUUCUUGAAAAGGCACAUGAAAAACCAUCCAGAGCACCUUCUUACUAAGAAGAAAUACAGAUGCACGGACUGUGAUUACACUACCAAUAAAAAAAUAAGUUUACAUAACCACCUGGAGAGUCACAAGCUGACUAACAAAACAGAAAAGCUUAUUGAAUGCGAUGAGUGUGGGAAAAGCUUCUCUCAUGCAGGAGCUUUAUUUACUCACAAGAUGGUGCAUAGGGACAAAGGAGCCAACAAAAUGCAUAAGUGCAAAUUCUGUGAUUAUGAGACAGCGGAACAAGGGUUACUGAGUCGUCAUCUGCUGGCUGUCCACAGCAAGAACUUUCCUCAUAUUUGUGUAGAGUGUGGCAAAGGAUUUCGUCAUCCAUCAGAGCUCAAGAAGCAUAUGCGAAUCCAUACUGGUGAAAAGCCAUAUGAGUGCCAGUAUUGUGAUUACAGGUCUGCUGACUCUUCUAAUUUGAAAACUCAUGUAAAGACUAAACAUAGUAAGGAAAUGCCAUUCAAGUGUGAUAUUUGUUUUCAGACUUUUUCAGAUACCAAAGAGCUGCAGCAGCAUAUACUUCUACAUCAAGAAAGCAAAACACAUCAGUGUUUGCAUUGUGAUCACAAGAGCUCAAACUCAAGUGAUUUGAAACGGCAUAUAAUUUCAGUCCACACAAAGGAUUACCCUCACAAGUGUGAUAUGUGUGAUAAAGGCUUUCAUAGGCCUUCAGAACUGAAAAAACACGUGGCAGCCCACAAGGGUAAAAAAUUGCACCAGUGCAGACAUUGUGACUUUAAGAUUGCAGAUCCAUUUAUUCUAAGUCGCCACAUUCUCUCAGUUCACACAAAGGAUCUUCCAUUCAGGUGUAAGAGAUGUAGAAAGGGGUUUAGGCAACAAAAUGAGCUAAAAAAACACAUGAAAACACACAGUGGCAGGAAAGUUUAUCAAUGUGAGUACUGUGAGUAUAGCACUACAGAUGCCUCAGGCUUCAAACGGCAUGUUAUUUCUAUUCAUACAAAAGACUACCCUCACCGUUGUGAAUACUGCAAGAAAGGUUUCCGAAGGCCUUCAGAGAAGAACCAGCACAUUAUGCGACAUCAUAAAGAUAUUGGGCUGCCUUAAAGUCUCUUUUACAGACUUAUGGCUUGGAGUUGUAAAGGAUAUUGCUUUUCAGGCAGUCAGCUUAUUUUAAAGCCAAUCACCUGCGAUCACAAAAAAAAAAAAAAAAAAAAAUUAAAAAUAUUGUGCAUUUGAUUUAUUGCUGUAUACAAAUAGGAUUAUUGCUUCUAGUUGACUUUUAUACAUUUUGUUCAAUAGCGUGUUCUGAAUUCUAUUCAGUUUGUUUAAUAAAUGAGGAAAAGAUGGCAACAAUAAAGUUGCAUUUAAUAAAGUAAACCCUGUCUCAUACUGAAUUUUUCAACCGUAAUAGCUUAUUUAAACAUUUAUCUUACUGACUUUGUUGGUACUCAGCGUCCAUGUUAAUGCAGUUUUGUUGUGAAUUUUAAAAAUAUUUUAAAUUUUCUCUUGCUAAAAUUGUCAGACGUACAAAAUAACAUGGAGAAUUUUAAUGUCAAGAAUAAUGUUAUUAGGGCCAACCUAUUUGUCCUAUUUAGUGUAUUCAGAACUUUUGGGAUAUUAAAAACUUUCCAUUUGAGCAGUUAUAUUUAAUAUUACUGAACAAAAAAUACAUUUUGCAUUUUUAUUCAGGUUUCCUUACAAAGGAUCUCAUUCCUCCCUUAUAAUAAGUAAAAAUGAUCGGGGCAUUUUUUCAAUACUUAUGCUUUUUGGAGUAAGAAUUUAUUCAUAAGUAUUAUGUUUAUUCUCUGUGCUUCUUUGUCUUUGAAUGGUUAUGUAUCACAAAAGAGUUUUGGUUUUCUCAGCUUCCUGCUGACUAACAUUGGUAACAAAAAAUAUAGCUCUUCCACUUACCUGGAUAGGCUGCAACUUCUUGUGUGUACAGCUAAGUGUACCCCCAAAUUGGAUAUGAUUUUAUGUAUAACAACAUACAACAGCAGUAUUUGGGUCAAAUUAGAUUUUGCUGGGAAUUAUUUUAGUUUUAUUCAAAAGUCCAACAGAUGUCUCAGAUAAUUUUGCAAAUGUAUUAUUUAGAGAGAGAACUUCAGGAAAUAGUAGGAGCAGAUGAUUUUUAAGGAACAAUGAUCCAAUUUUAAUGCAGAUAUCCUUAAUAAAAAUAAAUUAUGACAGAGGCAGAACUGUUUUUAAAUAGAACAUUUUCAUGAACCAUCAGCAGCUGUUCUAAGCUGCUGUUUAUUAAAUACUUAGUAUCCAGAAUUAACCCAGUUUUUCUAGUCUGUUUAUAAACAAAUGGGAAAGCAUUACAAUUGUAUGUAAUUUUACCACCUGAAGUCUAUUACUAAGAUAAAGCUGCAGUGCAAUAUUGGUUACUAAUUGCUGUAUAAAUGUGUAAGAUAUAAAGUCAUAUAUCUUGAGAUGACAAAAGGUAAAACUGAAUUGCUUAAUUACAAGUCACAUAUUAGGGCCUGAUUCUGGAGUCCUUAUUCAAAUUCCCACUGAAAUAAGUGGUUGAUUGAGUAAGGAUUGUAGGAUGUGGCCCCAAAUGACUAUAGAAUUAGACAGAUUCUGCAAGCAUUAAUCCCACCAAGUAGCACUUACUGAUAGUAGUUCCAUUAUCUGUAACAGGACUACUCACUGGGAGCAAGGGAUGCAGAAGUUGGCUCUCAGUCCUUAGUCAGACCCAUAGCGAAUGAGUUUUCCUCUUUCAGAUGUUUGUGUCCCAAAUCUUUGCUAUUUUGUUUUCUUAUUGAGAACUGCAACUAUCGCUCAGCCGGUCCAUAUGUUUUAUUGUAAGUGUAAACACUUGAGUUUAACUUGGACUUGUCUUUUCAGGCAAGGCUAAUGCUUUCUAAUGCUGUUUUUCCCCAUACUUUUUUGUGAUGUCUGAUUAAUAGUGCCAGAUGUACUGAUCCAGUCCUACAUUGGCUAAUGUUGCUAAUAAUAAAGAGAUCCUGAUCAUUUCACGUGUAACUGGGGAGGAAACUCCUGUGCCUGACUUCAGUGGGAAUCUAUGUGGUCAUAGCAGUCUGCCUGCAAGCUGUAUAUUGCAGGAUCAGGUCCAUAGUGUGUGAAAACUUGGUGCACAUUUUCUACUGAAAUCUUGCAAAAUGUCUUUGUUCAGAUAGAUUUUUCUCUCUAAGUGUUUUGCAAGUGGAAAGCUGAAAACUAUAAAUUCCACAUAUUAUUGAGAAGUUCCAGCCAUUUUGAACUAUAUAUUUUUAAAUAAGCUGAAAGACAAAGAACACAAACACUUUACACACUUUAUUUCUCUUAUGUAGUCUGGAAUCAUACACACUUUUUUUAAAGCACAAUACUGAAACCUCUUUUUUAAAGGAGUAAUUAAAAGUUUGGUCAAGUGGAUUUUGUAAAAUGUAUUUGUCUGUAUAAAGAGAAAAUGAAAUUGUAGUUAUUGUUAAUGUACUGACAUUAGUUACAGGCUAGUUUUAAUUCUUAAAUAAUUUGAUUAGCAUAUGCUAUAAAAUGGAUGUUUCAGUUAAAUGUUUUUAAAAGGUACAGAUUUUUACAAGGACACAAUAUAAAUUAUUGUUCUGUAGAAAUGCCCUGUUAAAUAUUGUAUGUCCCUCCCUCUGUACACUUUGUAAAAAAGAAAAAGAAAAAACAAAAUACAUGGAAUCAUAUAGGGAUGUGUGACAUUAUUGUAAUUGUGUACUUGAUAAUAACGUGAAAAAAUAAAAAUCAGAAUAUUUUCUUGUUAA